GGGCGCGUUCCGAACCGUGGUGCAUUUAGGAAGAAGGGACCCCCCACACACAUACUUCAGGAGCGCGCAAACGGGCGGAUCCCUCUCUGGAGAAGAAUAGGCGCUGGAUUUUCUCUGUGAAUUAAAGGGCUCUGUGAACCACAAUCAUGGCCUUGGCUGACAUCCAGAUGAAGUCAGAGGACUUUUUGCAAAAAAAACAGCUGAAUGCUGGUGGAUUUGGAAUGGUCUCAUUAUGCUACCACAAAAUUCAUGGGCUUGUAGCGUUAAAAACUGUGUACACUGGGCCUCAACGCACAGAAUGUAACUCUUCCCUUCUAGAGGAAGGUAUGAUGAUGCACAAACUAAAUCAUGAUCGUGUGGUGAAACUGCUGGGUGUCAUCCUGGAAGAUGGAAACUACUCCCUUGUUAUUGAAUACGCACGCAGAGGAGACCUUAUGUCUGUUCUACAAGCAACCUCCAUUCCUUUGCCUGUGAAAGGACGCUUCAUUCAGGAGAUCAUUGAAGGAAUGCUCUAUGUAACAGAGCAGGGUUUAGUGCACAAGGAUCUAAAACCAGAAAAUAUUCUUGUGGAUGAAGAUUUUCACAUCAAGGUAAUAGACCUUGAUGUAGCUUGUUCCAAAAACUGGGGCAGGCUGUCUAAAGAGGAGACCAGCCGACAGAGGAAAAUCAGGCAGCAAUCCAAGAGUGAUGCUGGCACCCUUUCCUACAUGGCCCCAGAGCGUUUGCAGGACAUCAAUACAAUGCCUGUGGAAAAAUCAGACGUUUACAGCUUUGGCAUCAUCUUAUGGGCCAUUUUUGCUGACAAAGAACCUUAUGAGAACGCUGUCAGUGCUACACAUCUGUGUAUCUGCAUCUCAGCAGGGAACAGGCCACCUAUCAAAGAGGUGGAAAACAGUUGUCCAGAUGAGAUUGUUACUUUAAUGGAACAGUCUUGGCAACAACAGCCAAAUGAUCGGCCAGCCUUUGCAGAAAUCAAUUUGAUUUACAAACCAUAUUAUGAACAAAACUUUGAAGAGUAUGUGGAAGACCAUGUGAGAAAAUUAAAAGAAAUAUAUCCUGAACCAACUGAAGUUAUAAAACGGAUGGAGUCUCUCCAAAUAGAUGCUGUGUCAGGACAUCCCAGCAGAGCUCGAUCAGAUCAACCUGGUUCUUUACACAGUUCUCAAGGGCUCACCGCUAACACCAUAGAUGAAGCCAUGUUUGCACCAUAUCCAGAAAAUGAACCUGUAGAAAGCUGUGAAAAUGUCUCUGAGCCUCCAGCAACCUUGCAAAGAAAAUUACAGGAUGAACUGAAUUACCAUUUAUAUGGCAGCCGGAUGGAUAGGCCGGGAAAUCAUUCUGCUGCAUAUAGGGCUGAAAUGCAGGAAGAAGAGAGGAAGAAGAAGGUAUCCUACAACCCAUUUGCCAGAGCACCAGCUGCACCUCAAACACCAAAGAUUUACCCAAGAGCUCAAAAUAUUGAAUCAAGUGUUAGUCACAACAAUAUCAGUACGGCCCAUUCAAAUCAUCCAUGGCCCCCAACACCAACAGGAGCAAUAGAUCCGAAUGGUUUUUUGGGGGCAGAAACUACAAAUCGCACAAGGCUGCUAAGUGCACAAGAUCUCUAUGGAGCAUCCUCCACCACUCCCUUUAAUUUCAGCAAACCACCAGUUCCAGAAUCUGGCGUGAACAGUCAGUCCAAGCCAUAUCAGUUUUCCAAAACCUUCAACCCUGAAACUGGUCCUGUGGAGUCGGUUCCUUUUAGAAAAUACAACUUUGCACAUCCUAGGGGCAGAAUACCUACAGAAGAACCUGCACACUACAACAUAUAUAAUAGUACUGGAAUUCAAAUAGGCUCCUACAACUACUUAGAAAUUAAAAGUCAAGAUAUUCGAGGAAACAAUCCUCCAGCAAGUCCUGAUUAUGGUACAGAAGAUUACCAGAAAUUAUUUGAGAGCACUGCUCUAGUUUCGGAUGUUCACCUAAACCUUGUGAGAGACAACUUGUCCAGACAGUGGAAACACUGUGCUCGUAAACUGGGUUUCAGUGACCCAGAGCUGGAUGAAAUUGACCAUGACUAUGAACGGGAUGGACUCAAAGAAAAAGUUUACCAGAUGUUCCAGAGGUGGAUGAUGAAGGAAGGCAGCAAAAGGGCAACAGUGGGGAAGCUGGCCAAAGCCCUCUGUGCUUGCAAGCGGAUAGACCUCCUCAACAGCUUUGUCAAAAUAAGCCAGGACUCUGAAAGUAGUAACAGAUAAGAAGUCAAACAAAUUGCUGGAGACUUUGGUUGGGUUGGAAAGUUUUCUACAAGACACUUUGUAUUACAAGAAGUGGGUGGUCAUUACAAAUGCUGCCAGCAGACUGCUACUAUGUGCAAGCAGAAUAGGGGGAGGUAAAGAGGUAUUGAUAGCCAGUCUCAGGGGAAGUUUUCAUAGCAGCCAUUCCUCAUGCCAAAAAAGCUACAAAUUUAACAUUAUGCUUUACAGUAGGGACAUACAGAACAUGCACAAUUUGGGUAUUUUACUCCGUGCAUGGAACAAAAUGGGGCUCUUUUGUUCUGUACACGAACCACAAUGUGUUUCUUCCACAGAGGAAGUGGGUGACAGGUGGGGAAGGAUAUCAGCAGCAGUGGCUGAGCAGAGGGACGGAUGGUGAGCCCUGGGAAGGCUGCAGAGCAGAUGGGCAAGAUUUUGGUGUACGCUACUCUGGGCCAUUAGUGGCAAUGGUGGUAGCUGAUGGGGGGGAAGGGAAGGGAAGAGAAGGGAAGAUUGGUGGGGCAGGCCAGUGGGAUAUACCAAUUUGGGGAUUGAUGAUGGGAGAGAAGAAGUGAUACCCACUUUGCCCCACUUGCCUUUCUGGAUUUGUUUCAUCUAAAUCCAGGACAAUCAGAAUGUUCUGGGUCUGGGUUCUGCCAAACCAUGGCUAGCCUGAAAUGGUACAUCAGAACUUCUGGAGUGCUAUGGUCUUUUUUCUAGGUUCAAAAUGCAGUAUUUUUUUCAGUGCUAAACUAAGGGACAUGGUGACAUGAACAAAAUUCAGGUGCCUCGCAACCAGCUCACACUUACGACUAAUUGCAGCUUCCCAUGGUCACGAGAUCUUCAUUUGCAACCUUCCCUGCCAGCUUCCCCCAAGCAAAGUCAAUGGGAAGCCUGCAAGGAAGGUAACAAGUCGCUCGGGAAAGUCUUCCCCUGCCUUUCUUUGCUCGCACACACCACACCCUCCUUCCCCCCUUCAUUCACACAUACCCUGUGCCCUCUUUCUCUGGCCUCCCUGCACUUUCACACACAUAUGCCCCCCACACUCUCUUUCCACAGCCUCCCUGCAAUUGCACACAUGCAUGUACAUACCCCAUGCCCUCCUUCCCUGGCCUCCCUGCAAUCGUACACAUGCCUGCACAUACCCUGCACCCUCUUUUCUCGGCUUCCUUGUGCUUGCAUGCACACAUGCACCCUGCAUCCUCUUUCCUUGGCCUCCCUGCGAUCACACAACCCGCGCCCUUUUUCCACAGCCUUUCUGAGCUUGUCCCUCCCCCAACUUGUGCACAGCCUGUGCUGGGCCUCCCACAGCCCCAUGACACCCCUGCACUCCUUGCCUGGGACUCCCUCUGCUUUCUGCUUAAUGACCUGUGUAUCUUGGGUUACGAUGACAAUCAGGACUGCCUGGAUUGCUGUUGCUAAGCAUGCGGUUACAUGACAUCGUACUUUACAACCACAUCGCUUAGCGAUGGCAAUACCAGUCCCAAUUGCAUUCGUAACUUGAGGACUACCUGUAUGUCAGGUUUUGAAUGGAUUUGUACAAUUUUAAUUUUUUAAAAGUACAGAAAAUGGGCAUAA